AUGGAAUUCGAAAGAAUCACGGUGACAAAAAGGGGAAUUGAGGUGCAAUAGUAACUCAAACAAAUACUGGGAUUUAAGGAUAAUAGACAAAUUGGAACAAUAAGAAAGAAGGGUAGAGUAAAAUGAUUAUGAAAAUUUGUUAGAAUAUAGCGAGAAUGUUUUGAGUAGACAAAAGGAGCAAGAAAUCCAUACAUCUAGUUUUUUGGAGCCUAGAUAGGAUAAAUAGGAAUAGAUUAACAUGUUUCUUACAAAUAGAUUCAGUAACAGAUAGAAGUACAUUAAAAAAGAGAUGGAGAAGUUGGAUUAGAGGAAGACAAAGUUUGGUGGUAGUUUCUAGAGUGAGUCUCAUCGUUCAUUUAAGUGUUUAGAUUUCAGAUAAAUGCAAUAUCUGAAAAGCAAAUAUACUGAGGGGUUCUUCUUAACGAAAUAGAACCAAUAAUUUAAAAUGCGUAAUAAUUUUGUAUUUGGUAAGUCUCGAAGCCUUAGGGUUAGGAGAUGCAAUAAGGAGAAGAUAAAUAUUUAGCAUUUAAAUAGGCAAAACUUGAAAGGAUGAUAAAGAAACACGAGCAAUUCAAUUUUCAGACAUAGAGUAUCCCAACCUACGAAAAAGGAAGUAAAAGAGAACCCAAUUUUAUGAGCGAAUUGGUCAAAUCGAUGGAAAAAAGAGAAAUUUCUUCAAGAGUAGAAAGUAUUAAGGAAAUAAACUAAAAGUUUGGAAAUAGUGUGGAUUUACUUGAAUAUCAGAGUUUGAGUAAAGAAAGAUUUUAAGAAAGUAUGAGUAAUCUGCAUUUUAAUAAAUACGAGAGACUAUGGAAGACACUAAGAGUUGGAAAGUGAUUGAAAGU